AUGGGAUCCUCCUCGCCUUCCCCGUCUCCGCCGCCGGCGCCGCCGCAGUCGUCCGCUCCUUCCCGUGGCGCCUCCAAUGCAAGCCUGCGGUGGCAAAUCCUCCGCCGCGCACUGCUCGCUCGCUCCGCCCCCUCCCGCGCAUCAGACGGAACUACAAAUGACCAGCAGAAGAUAGGUGACACAAACAAAAUUUCCAGAAAGGCAUCGCGUGGCUUCAACCUGAUCGAGUGUCAUGUAGUGCCAGUUUCACAGUUACAUAAAUCACAAGGAAAUUCCUUAAAUGGAAAUGGCGUGGAAUGUCAAAAAGAUGUCUAUGUUCAUUAUAAGCUGCCCUGUGGAGGUUCACCGGAACUUAAUGUAAUGUACAGAAGAGACGACUCCGUUGAACUAAAUGAUAUUGAAGCUUCCAACAGAUACAAUAUUGACACUACUGGCCUUGUAUGUUGUUGGCCGUCAGAAGAGGUCCUAGCCUUCUACUGUAUCAACCAUUCGGAUAUGUUCAGGUCCAAAAGGGUGCUUGAACUUGGAUCUGGUUAUGGAUUGGCUGGACUUGUUAUUGCAGCCAGUGCAAAUGCUAACGAGGUUGUCAUUUCAGAUGGAAACCCACAAGUAGUUGGAUAUAUUCAGAAGAACAUAUCCAUCAAUGCAGAAACUUUUGAUCGGACAAAAGUUAAAUCUAUGACACUACAUUGGGAUCAAGAGCAACCUUCAGAGAUGUUUAACUCUUUUGACAUUAUUGUUGCAAGUGACUGUACAUUUUUCAAGCAAUUCCAUCGAAGCCUUGCCUGGGUAGUCAAAUCUUUGUUGAAGCAUUCGGAAGCCUCGCAGGCCAUCUUUAUGAGCCCGAAGAGAGGUGAUUCACUCAACAAAUUCCUAGAAAUAAUCAAAGAAUAUGGUUUACGUUAUGAGUUGAUAGAGAAUUAUGAUCCCACUGUCUGGAAUCUGCACAAAAAAUAUGCGACGGGAGAUGACAGAUCGUGGCCCAACUAUAACGAGGAGCAUUGCUAUCCUUUAUUGGUUAGAAUUACCGUUGGACAUUUUGUUUGAUCUUAGAUGGGUCCAUUUGUUGCAUUGGCAUUAUCUGUUCUAUGUUCUUUCUCUAUAAAAGAUAACAGUGUAAUAUCUACUACUGAAUCUUCGUGGAUAUCUUUCAUGGCAUCACCCUUUUUCUUGAAGUGACAGAAAGAGAGAUGAUAUAUACACUUGCAAAUUCCAUUUUCUCACCA